AUGCUGGAGAUAACUUUUGUGUGCACUUUCCUUCUCAGCCUGAUCACCUGGACAGGUGCGUCAGACUGGUCCUACCAUGGAAACAGAGGGACACAUGAAUGGGACAAGCUGUUCCCUGGAGCAUGCGCGGGGAAACACCAGUCACCCAUCAACAUUAUAACUAGGAAAACUACCUACAAUGACAAACUCAGUGAUUUCGCUCUGUUUCACGACCCACCGAAAGACGGGUCAAAGUUCAACAUACUUAACAAUGGACAUGCUGUACAGGUAAACCUGUUUGGGCCAUUCUUUGUGGCUAACGGUGGCCUCCCAUCCAUCUAUACCACGGCCCAAUUCCACUUCCACUGGGGCCAUGCAAACCACCAUGGAUCCGAGCAUUACAUCAAUGGUCGCGCCAGUCCUAUAGAGCUACACAUAGUGAACUAUGAUUCCGAGACCUAUGAUACUAUUGCUGAUGCUAUGGUGAAGCACCAGGGGUUAGCAGUAUUAGGAGUUAUGUUUGAGAUUAGUGAGCGAGACAACCCAGCCCUCACACCAAUCAUUGAUGCCUUGGAUAUGAUCCAGGAUCCAGAUAUCAAUAUGGAGGUAGAGAUUCCAGCCACAAGAUUGCGUGAUUUCUUGCCAGAAGACACCAGUAAAUAUUAUCGUUACAAUGGGUCUCUGACCACACCGGGCUGCUUCGAAAGUGUCAUCUGGACAAUAUUUGAAGAUAAACAGACCAUUUCGUUUAAACAGCUCUCAAAGUUUAGAAAUUUGUUGGAAAAGAAACACAGGAAGCAUGGUGGUCAUUCUCGUAGAAGCCGAAGACAUAUGAAGCGAGGCUCAGCGGCAGCUCUUGAUGAGGCUGGAAUCAAAGGCAACAUUGCAGAGGAGCUGGAACUAGAGGCAGCACUGAAACGUGAAUUAGCAACUCACACUGAUGAACCACAUCACCAGGAUCCAGUUGGUCAUGCAAACAUUGGAGAAACACCAACCAAAUUUCAGUUAUAUGAUGAAGAAGUUCCUAAAGAGGCUCAGACUGAUACAGAGAUGAAACCAACUACUGAAGACCAUGAGGAUCAUGAUGAGGAAGCUACCCCCGCGCCAAAACCAAACCAUCAUCAUCAUCCAGACCAUCACCAUGGAAAUAGUGCUGGUACAGAGAUUGAGGUGGAAGAAGUAGAAAUGAUACAGGAAUACCUUGUAAACAACUUUAGGCCAGUUCAGCCCCUAAACGGUCGUAUUAUUCAACGCAGUUUUGAAUUUGAAGAUGUCAGAGUUCGCCAAAUUCAUGGAUCCACUCGAUCUCGAAAUUACAACAGUUAUGAAGUACACAAUGCUGGAAACCCAUUACACAUAUCACAUGUAGUCAUUCUUGUGUCAGCCAUAUUGUCCGUUAUCAUGUAUCUAUAAAUGCGUACAGAAAUGUGUGAAUACAUCCUCUAACUAUACAACCCUAGAAGACUAUAGUGGACCUUUAUACAGCUGUGUUGACUGUAGCAGGAAAUAUAUCAUCAUACUUUGCAGCUACCACAUCCAUCAUCAUCCAUGUCAAGUUCU